AUGAGCUACCCAUGUGCCGCUUCCGAGUGCACGAACGUGGGCACGAAGAAGUGCGCGACGUGUCGCGUGGUGUCCUACUGCUGCAAGGAAUGCCAAAAGAAAGACUGGAAGACGCACAAGAAGCAAUGCGCCGCACUCGCGAUGUCCCCCGGCGGUGCGACGUACCGUGAGGUGUACAAAGACAAGGAAGGCGUGCACGUCUUUGAGGACAUGGAGAGCGGGAGGAGUUUCACGCUCGGAGGCGCGGGAGACGACUCGGUCCCGGCGGUGCAGUGCGCGAUGCAGAUGAUCCGCGACAUGCACGGGUUCACGGGGCCGUACACGUUACAGAGGAUCGUCAACGGCAAGCCGGUGACACCGCCGCCGCCGCAUAGAAUGGCCGUCGGAGACGAAGUCCUCGUCGCCACCGGGCAGGAAUCCAUCAAUCCCCCGUACACGGACGGGUGGAAGCGAGGCGUCGUGCGAUCCCUCGGGGACCAAGACAAGGGCGACGCCUUCGCGUACAAAGUAACCCUGACGGAUGGAUCCGUCGUGCCCGCGCACAGGGACGACCCCGAUUUCGUCCGCCGAGUGGACGAUAACGAGGAGGGCAAAGCGAUUCGCUUCGACGUGGGAACGGAGGUGGAGUGCCGGAUCGGACCGAGCAUGUGGACCCGGGGCGUGGUACGGCAGCGAAACGCGGAACUUCCGGGCUGGGGAAGAGGCUGGACCGAUGACGGAGAGGAGCACCCGGGUUGGCAGGGGCCGAAAGACACGAUGGCGUACAUCGUGACGCCCGAGGGCAAAAGCUUCGACGAAAAUGAUCCUUACUCUACGUUGUCGGUGCCCGCAGACAAGGACGACUAUAUUCGGGCGUGGGAGCCGAGGUCGAGAGGGUAG